AUGUAUCUGCACACGCUCUGCACAUUCCUCCUGCUAUCCACCAUCCGUGCCCAUGAGGCAACACAGUAUCUUACUACUACAGCUGUUGUAACAGACCACAAUGACCACGCAUAUCUAGAGUGCUGGCAGUUCUCUACUCCUUUCAAGACAUACCCGACAGUGGGACAAUCACUCUUCCUCGGACAUACAACCAAUAUCACAUAUGUAGUUCUUCCACCUCGGUCUGAGGAAGGUAUCCACAAGCCUCCAGCUCCCAUGUUCUUUAUGCUGCUCUCAGGACUUGCACAUAUCACGUUUCCGUACAAUGACGAAGAGGCUUGGGUUAUGGAGGGUGUUAACGGGCUUCUGGUUGCCAAUGACAUAAAAGGAAUUGGGCAUUACACCACUUAUCCAUCUGAUAAGGAGACCGUCGCUUUGCAAGUGCCAUUCGAAGGAGGGGUAGUCCCACAGCAUAAGAUUCUUGGUAGAGGAGCGUGCCAUCAUACAUCACACUCUGGGUCAUUUUCAGGUGCACUCGGCACUGUUGAGAGAGCUGAUCUCUGA